CGUUAUUCAACACUCUUAUAUCCCCGAAACCCAAACGGUUACACUAAAGGCAGAACGCAACCUGGAAAAAAGUAUUGUUUUCGGGAAAAACAUGGCUAAUUGCAGCUAGAACGCGAUUUGCAAAUUUGUCCAAAACAUUUUCGGAGCCACAAAGAAUCCGGCAAUUCGACGCAACCGGAGGACAAAUGAAAGUUGACGCGUGUUAAAUGCAAACAAGAAAAUUCCAACACAGACCUUGAGUGGCUCACACACUCCCAUACAGCCAUACACAGCCCUCCACACCUGCGUCACACAUACACACACGCACACCGAUACACAGGAGCAAAAGGGAUAGAAGAUCGAAAGAUCCCUGUUUUUUGUGUUUUUUUUAAAACAGGAAGUGGAUUUUAGGGGAUUCAUUGCAGCUGGCAAUAUGGUGAACGUACCACCAUUUCUCUGCAGCACUCCUCCUCCGCCUCCCAUUGAUUUCGGGGAGGAUGACGACGACGAUUCCGGUUUGCAAUCCACAAUUCACUUGGACGAAAAUGACGAAUACUCUAAUUUUGGCUUAGUCAGCGGCUCGAAAGAACCUUCUCCACCACCAGAUCCCGCUGAGGAAUUCCGAGAAAAGCCACCGGAUUUGCCGGAAAAUAAACAAACCGCAGAGGCGUUUAAUUACCAAGUAAAGCAGGCAAUGGAUUACGAUGUCUAUGGAGAAACGGCGCCACCCACACCGCCUCCUUUAAGUUUGGAGCUGGAAGAAGAGGAACUGGAAGUGCCCUCCUUGAAGCUGGACAGCCUAAGUCUCUACUCCACGGAAAGCGUUUCCACCGCCUCCACUCUCUCACCCACUGCAAAAACGGAGGCAGUGGCUCCGCCCGUGAUGCAAGAAACCAAAGCCCAUGUCCUCAGCCACCAAGUCACGCUGGAGGAUGUGUCUGACGAAAGCGACGAGGAGUGCUCUCCAAAGAAGCCCAAAGAACUAUUUAUACGCGAGGGAGCCGUGGAUUUCUUUGCCAUCGAGGUGCUGGCCACACCAACGCUACCAAAUGGAGGAAGUUAUCCGGAGGAGGAGCAGCUCCAGCAAAGUCCACGGAAGGGAAAGGCUCUAGAGGAUACUAUCCAAAAAGAAGAAAGCUUUAGAAGUUUGGAAAACCAAGAGGAUUGUUUAAAUAACUUGGAGAAACCGUUGGAGAACAUAGGAAAAAGCUUAGAACGUCCUCAGAAUACAGAAGAAACCUUCAACCAUUGGGGCAAAACAGCGGAUAGUGAUACAUUUCAAUUUCAAAACUUUGAAGCGACACCAAAAGAAUCAGCACACAAAGAAAUUAUCACAGAAAAUCAGGAUAACGAAGAAGACGAUGACUUUGGUGACUUUGCUGAUUUCUCAGCUGCCGGACCAGAAUCAGAGGUCAAAGAAACUCCAACGACAGCUUCUCCUGUUAAGUCUGUUAUUGAGGCACAGUCCUUAACGCUCCAGUCCACAACAAAAACGGAAACUGUGCCGGUUUUUAUUCAAUCUUCUCAUCCAGAAGCAGCAGAUGAUGGCUUCGAUGACUUUCAGGAAUUUGCCACUCCUACAAAAGGAAGUCCUGUCCAAAGCGAAGACGAUGACGAUGAUUUUGGUGACUUCUCAGAGCCCGUAGUCGCUCCCAUCUCAGUACCUCCACCACCACCGCCAGCCACUAUCCACCUCAGCAUUGAUGAACAAGUGAAACCAGUGCUUGAGAUGAUGUUCCCACAAUCAAAGGAGCGGGAGACGACGAGUGUAGAUGUGCGGAAACCGUUGGCAAAGUGCCAACGAUUUAACUUCGGUGCCAUUGAGCAUGCCCAGGCCCUGGAUUACCAGUGGAGCAGCUCGGAGAUGAGGCAUGCCCUCGUUCGAUCGCUUGGCAUCGAUUCUAGAAAUAUACUCUUCGGCGACAAGUGGAACUCAUCAAUGCCACGUUUUGCCGCCAACCUGAGCUUCGAUCCCCUUAAGCCGAUGAAACCUCUAUCGACCGGCGCAACUAGCAUCUUGGAGCCGAUUUCCAAUCCCAGCAGCUACCAGGAAUCACAUGUACAGACAUUACAAUUGGAACAACUAGACCAACUAACGGUGGUGGCUAAUGCUGAUAAAAUAAAUCUUGUUACCUCUAACUCCCACACCAAUAACAACUACGAUAAUGGUGACAACGACGUUGCUGCUCCUGUUGAUCAACUGGAUGAUAAACCACCUGUGAUGGAUUUGACGACCAAUAACAAUCACAAUUUGACAAUCGAUUUGCACCACUCUCCUCCACUCACACAUUUUGCCACCAUCUGCAACAACAACAAUAAUAACGAUAAUAACAAUCUUAACAACAAUCAUGCAAAUACUGCAACAAUGACAAUAACAAUUAACACAAAUCUCACUGCUCACGACGCCUUGCUGGAUUUUAGAUUGGAAAACGCCACCGCAGCACCGGCGAGCCAAACUGAAACGCGGACUGGCCCGUCUCAUGGGGAAGGGUCCUCCGGCUCCGGUUCCGCCAGCAACUCCGACGGCGAAGAACGACAGAACCAUCGCUACAAGUCAGGUCCAAGCACCGGCUCCGAGUCGAACCAUCUUGAACCCGCAACAGCGCCACCAGCAACAGUUGUUGCUCCAGCAGCAGCGACGCUAUCGACUGCUAUACCAGCAGACAGCCCUGCCCACCAGCUCAACGGCGGUGAGCAGCUGCAUCAGCAGCGGUCGGAGCAGGAGCAGUUUGAUUUGAGGACCACUCCGCCAGCUCCGGAGGAGAUAGUGGGCAGCUCGAUAGCCAGUUAUUCGGUGCCGCUGAAGGAGACCCACAUCUACACACCCUCAAAAUCGGAUACGGCGGUGGCCAAGACCACCACUUUGGCACCAAUUGAUUUCGACUACGAGAUGGCGGCCACGGGCAUUAUUAUCGAUGAGACGGUGGUCAAGAAGGAGUAUCGUGAUGUGGAGUACAAGCCACCAUUCGGUCUGGAUUCGCCCAGCAAAGUGAGUGGCAAUGGAGCUGCCAGCAACUUUGAAUUGCCGCCCCAGGCGGAAGACGAUGACUUUAGUGACUUUCAAUCGAUGCCGGCGCCCAGAUCGCGGCUCGAUACACCCACUUUCGGCGAACAGAUGAUCCUCAGUCCGGCCAUAUUGCUGCCCCAAGCCAUUCCGCUGGCCAAGAAGAAAGCGUCGUCCAUAGAGUGGGGCGACAAUGCUUUGUCCAGCAUAAAUGCGGAGGAAAUGGCUAGGAUAGAGGAGUUGUUUUCCUCGCAAGCCAAACCUCUUACGAUAAGCGCUUCAGUGGCCAAGAAACCAACUCCUCCCAAAAUAGUUCAAUCUCAGCCGCAAGAGGAUGAUGAAUGGUCGGAUUUUGUAUCUGUUCCAGUUAACCAACAGCAGCAGGCACAUCACCAACACACUAUAGCAAACAACAACAAUAAUGUAGCAAGCAACCUGAGGAAGCCACUUGCAGCUCCAAAAGAAGAUGAUUGGUCGGAUUUUGUGAGUAGCACUCCGAUGCCGGCUCGGCCAGCACCACAGUUUAAUUCCGGUGCUUGGCAGAGCGCCAAUUUCUACAACAAUCCCUUGAGUUUGUACCAAGCACAGCAGCAACAGCAACAUCCCCACAGCAACCUGGUGCCCAGCGGCGGCAACAACAGCAGCAGCAUCAACAACAAUGUGCCAGCCAUUCCACAGCAAAUACACAUCAUGCAUGACUUUUCGACGGCUCCCGUUUCUGGAGGAUUGGGUGUGGGUGCCACCACCUAUCAGCAGCAUCAUCAGCGGCAGCAGUUCCAAAUCGGCAACGCCAAAGUGGCUCCACGCAUCUCCCUCAUUCCCGAUCUCAGCUUUGUGGCACCCGCUUUGCCCACAAAUGCUGGUGCUUUUAUGGCUACUCUUCCAAAACCAAGUUUCGGUGGCAAGAAAUGACACAAGAAGCUGAGGGUGGGCGCUGGGCGGCUCCAACAGCAGCAGCAUCAGCGGCAGCAUGUGGGCGGUCCACGCCCACUGGGAGGCGGCGAGUCUACCAUCCUGACGUAGGCGGAAAGGGGGCGUACCCGUGGGCGAGCCAGUCAGUAUUAUGAAUCCGUCUGAUAAUUACCAUAAAACCGAACCGUCACACACGUAGUUUGAUGCAAACUGUGUUCCAUGUUGUUGUCGUUGUUGUUGACCUAAUCGUUGGCCUAAUUGUUGUUGUUGUUGUGCGUGCAUGUUGUUGUGUUAGUCGUAGAUCCGGAUUUAAAAAAAAAUAGGAAACAAAAAUGGUAACCAUUUUGUGCAAUAUUUCGAUUCUAAAUUUAUGUUGUACUUAAUUUUGACAAAAACAAAAAACAAAUUUAUUUAUAUGUAAACAAA